GCACUGCUUGUGGAGAGCGGGAAAAAGCUCGCAGGCAAGAAACUGGUUUCGGUUCGUUUAUGGCGUUCGGCUCUGCUCGAUCACCCUCUUCGCCAUCACAUGGCAAACGUCUUCGUGGGGCUUGUUUCGCCCAUAGUGUUCGCACACCAACGAGUCCGCCACAAAGCGGGCUUGUCUCAGUAUCAACCAUCAUCACUUCGUGGCGAGCUUUCUCACCGUUCAGUGUGUGUACCGUCCGCCAGGCCAGUUUGCUGUAGCCCCGCGCCGUGGGAAGCAGCCGAAAUCAACGACAACGACGGGUGGUUGAUCCCACCACCCCUCCAGCAGCAAGUCGCGACGAAAACCAGCAGCAGCCACAACAGUCUCCUCACCUUCUGACACUUUCAGACCUUCAGCCUCCGUGCAGAAGGCUCACCGUCUCCGUCUCCGUCCUACGGCUUGGCUACAGAUUCCACAUGCAUAAGCAAAGUGUUUAGCGCGGUUUCCACGGACACGGGGCAGGCCACCGUACCAGCCUGCUGCCUGCUGUUGGCAGCUCAUCUUUCCGUUGCAACUCCCGGCAGAUGCAUCGACAGCUGACGGUGCAAAAAAGGGGCCCAACCCGCCCAACUGGCCCAGUGAAGUGUUGCAGAAAGCAGCAAAGGCUUCUGAAGUGAAAUUUCUCCGCCCGAUCGAUCCCCGUGCCGCACAUUCUACAUACCACAACACAAUUUUGCGAUCGCAACCAAAUUACCCAACAAUACAAUACAUGGACUCUGGCGCACGCGGCGCUUCAAUUGUGAUCGAUUCUUUUCGACACUGGUGGCAACAUCAGAUCACGUGCCUUGGCCGCCUUGUUGUGUACCGUCGUACUUAGUGGGUGAAGUGAAUUUCUAUUGCAUUUGGCUCGCAUUGGCUGCGUGCUUGUGUGUCUUUCCCCCCGGGGCGGCAACACAGCCCAACCAACAUCACCACGUAGCAACGCGUCCAUUUGUGUUUCACCAUCAUCAGUCAAAAAAUCGGAUCGACGGGUUGCUUCGAUCGAUCGCGUUUGUGUGUGUGUGUUGCUAGCGUUUGCAUUUCGUGUGAGUUGUGUGGAAAGUAAAAGUGUGGAACCGUCGUCCACACUGGAUUCGAUGGCUGUGGUGUAAGGUGAGGUGUCCAAACGAAAAAGAAAAGUUUUUUCGGUGUACUACAGUGUAUGUGUGCGCGUUUGACAACAGCCGCUGUCGUCAGGUGUCGUGAAAGUGAAGCCCUUUUUCGGCAGAACAACACGGUGUUAGAGUGAGAGGUGAAAGAGUUUAAAAACAAAACCAACAACAGGAGCAGCUAGACCACAGUACACGCUAAAAGGCUUAAUUCACAUCGCAUCAAGAUGGCGCGCAGUGUUGGCCCAGGGCCCGGAUUGCCCGGGGCGGCCAGAUUAAUGGUACUCCUGUGCCUGCUGCCACUGCUGCCCCGCCCUGACCCGGCGGAAGCACACGUCGCACUGACGUUUCCGCCCGCCCGCAAGUACGAUCUGGACUUUCUGGACAAUUCACGCACGAAACCGCCCUGCGGAAUGCCAAAAGGCUCACUGAAAACGUCGUUCAUCGAGGGCAGCACGUUCAACGUAUCGUGGCAUCUUGCCUAUCCGCAUCGGGGUGGCUUCCGGCUGGAGAUACUCGAUACAAAGGAGAAGCCAAUUCUGAGCCUAACGCCCAGCAGCAAGGAACGACGCUUUGUGCGUGAAGAUGCGACUGCCCAGCAGUUCCAAGUGUCGCUGCCGAGGAACUUUACCUGCCGCGACUGUACGCUGCGGUUGGUCCGGCAGGCCGACGAAUGGGGCGGUAACUAUCGCUUCUGGUCCUGUGCGGAUGUGGACAUUGUGCCGAGGCGCGAGCAUCACGAAACCUGCUCCGGACAUGGCAAGUUCAUUGCGCGCUGCAAGUGUGACAAGAAGUACUACGGCCCUAGGUGCGAGUUCUGGGACGAGUGCGUCACCAACCAGGACUGUGGCAUUCAGGGUACGUGCGUGGAUUUGGGCGGUACCUCGUUGCCGCGGCGUCAGUGCUACUGCCGGCUGGGUUGGUUUGGACCGGGAUGUAAUAAGAAAUCACCCAUCAAGUCGACCGACAUUGACUACUCCGUGUACAAGGCGAAGACACUGUCGCCGGAUCUGAACGUGUACUGGCGUGUGCUGAAAGAGCAGAAGGAGCUGGAAGUGGUCCUGAAGGUGAACGGUACAACUUGGGUGGCGUUGGGUGUAAGGCCACGCAAACUUACCGCGGAAUGUAAAAACUUCCCACUAAUUGCUGCCCCGGGAGCUGCUGGGUCGGAGGCCGGUGUUGCUGAACCCGAGCCAGCCAGUGAGCCAACAUCUGAGCCAGGUAAAGAAGGAAACCAAAAAACACUCCGAAGCCAAAGCGAGCUAAUCGCAAUUGUGUUGUCUGUCUUCUCUGAAGAACCCAACUCCGAACCGGAACCGGGAGCAGAACCUGGUGCAGAGCCGGGAGCAGAACCGGGAGCAGAACCGGGAGCAGAACCGGGAGCAGAACCGGAACCUGGUGCAGAGCCAGGCGCUGAGCCGGAGCCCAAAUCAGAGCCAGAACCGGCAUCGGAACCUGGAGCAGAACCUAACGCGGAACCAGAGCCCAAGAGUGAACCGGAACCAGGUGCAGAACCUACCUCUGAACCUGCCAGUGAACCCGCUUCCGAGCCAUCGUCCGAGCCAGAGCCCAAGAGUGAACCAGAGCCAGAACCGGGAGCGGAACCUGGUGCAGAACCUGGAGCAGAACCGGAACCCAAAUCUGAACCAGAACCCACGAGCGAACCAGAACCGGAGAGUGCCACCGAACCGACACCGGAACCGAAGGGACCGGCCAAGAAAUCCAAGCGUGCUGCCGCCACGACCCCCGCCGCCGAACCCGAACCAGAACCGAAAACCGAACCUGCCUCUGAACCGGCGGCAAAACCGAAACCAAAACCCACUGCAUCGGCGGCGGCUGGACCGAAGCUGAAGCUUAAUCCGUACACACCACGGCACGAUUUUAACCCGAUGGACUGUACGGACAUUGUGAUCGGUACGGCACGCGGCGAUAAUCAUCGCGUUUGGGAUUACUACACCCGUGACCGGUCCACACCGCGCAUGGACUCGUUCUGGGGCGGCAAGUCGGACCUGACGGCGACUGGAGGGUUCGAGCGGGACGGUGUUACGACGAUCGUUUACCGUCGACCGCUCGCUGCGUCCGAGCCAACGGAUCAUGAAAUCGUGGACGAUCUGAUGCACGUGAUAUGGGCGCGGGGACAGGAGCCGGGUGCUUACGUGCAUUCGCCACCGUCGGGCGUUGAGAAGGAGACGGCUUCGGUGCGCGAAUUUUAUCAGCCCGAUGAGCUGAAGUACCACGGCCAUCGUAUGCAGCGCGGCGUCACUCAGAUUAACUUCCUCGAGGACGAAGUGCAGCGCAAGGUGGCGGUAGCGGCGACGGAUGCGGCCGGUGUUACUGCAACACCGGAUGGCGCUAGUGGACAGGGUGUGAUUGUACCGGCUGGUCCGGUUGGGCAUGAGUUGGAUAAUGAGUGCCAUGGGUUCUACAAGUACCCGCGGACGUGCGAUCCCGAGCAGGCCAACUGUGAGUACUUCCUCAGCUGGCAGACGGUGGCACGCGGCGAAGCGGUACACUUCCAUCUCGAGACGAAGCACACGGCCACCUGGACGGGAGUUGGGUUCAGCGACGAUCAGCGCAUGUCCCAGACGGACGCCAUCAUCGGGUGGGUGGAUAAGAGCGGCCGUCCGUUCCUGAUGGACACGUGGAUCAAUGGAUAUUCGGCACCGAAGCUGGACGAUCGGCAAGAUUUGUACAACGCCUCGGGUGCCAUCCAGAACGGCCGGACGGUGCUGGACUUUACGCGAAAGCGUGUGACGGGCGAUGAGAGCGAUCUGGCGUUCGCGGAAGAUCGCUGCCUGUACAUGAUGUUCCCGAUCGAGGGUGGUGCGUUUAACCCGGUCAACAAGAAGCUGGGCAAGCACGCGUCCGUGCCAGUGGUGACGGAUACGCGCGUAUGCAUCAAAUCGUGCGCCAAGCAGUUCGAGCAGCUGCUGACCGUUGCUGCGACACCAGCGCCCGAUCGUAUCGCUUACGGUGCAUCGAUCAAGCUGACGAAUCUGGCCGCUGGCUUCCAGGUACCGGACAGUGGUACACCGGAGCAUCGAGACCUUUCCAAAUCGGUCACUGACACGUUCAACGGAGUGCUGCGCGAGGUGCCUGGCUUUUACCGGACGGAUGUGCAGGAGUUUGAGAAGGACGCCGAUGGCAGUGUUGUAGUGAAGAUGAACAUUCUGGUCGAUAAGGAGAUGAAGAAUGGCACCAAGAACCUGUUGGCGGACGAUCCGGCGAAAUUGGAGCUGACACUGCACAACCUGAUGGUGAACAACCUUUCCUCGGGUAAGGUGGGUGCCUUCUCCGUAGAUCCCACGUAUCUGGAGUUUACCCAACUGGAAGGACAAGCAUCGUCGCCCAAGGAAGAGUAUGAGCUACUGCCAGCCGGUGUACGUCUCUAUCUGAUUCUGGGAUGCAUUGCCGGUUUGGUGUUCAUUGCCAUCGUUCAGGCUACUUGCACCAUCAUCAAAACACGACGCACCAAUCGAUUGAAGGAUCAGCUAAUCCCCAACUCGGCGUGGAAGGAUUACUCCUCCAACACCAACUACGCGUUCGAUAACUUUGAACCAGAGUCGAAGCACCACAAGGGGCGCUCCUCCGACCGUGGCUACAGCAAUGGCAACAGUCAGCAAACCACGCUGCAGAUGUCCCACUCCCCCAACAAGUCGCAGUACUACGAGAUCGAUCGUACGGACGGUGGCGGUAUGCCGACGCAUCGGAAUGGCAGCUCGGGCUAUCCUUACCCACCCGGGCAACCACGCCACGGAUACGACCGUACCGGAGACCGUUCUUCGUACGCUGACCGCGCAUACUCACUACCCCGUCCAAUGCACCAGCAGCAGCAGCAGCAGCAGCAGAUGCAGCAGCGACAUCAUCAAGAGAUGCAAUCACGUCCCACCGGCGACUACUACACGCAGGAUCGUCGUGGCAAGUCACGCAACAACGGUAGCCACUAUGCUGGCAAUGGUCAUCAGCCGCAGCAUCAGUCGUCGCAGCAGCAUCAUCAUCAGCAGCAGCAACAGCAACAGCGACCCAUGCCCGAUUCCUCCGACCUUUACUUUACGCCAACGCAGCGAAAGUACUCCGGUGAGGUCGUGCGGGUAUUCGUCGACUACAACAAGGACAAGAAGUAAACCGUGCAACCGUUGCUAGUCCUUCGGAACGUUCGGAUGUCUUUUCAGACUUCCUCUGUCCUUAGUGUUUAGGGAAAACCGGGGGAUGACAGGGGUUCAGUUUGUAACGCAUAAGCUGAACGUGGGCACGUAACUGGUGGUCACAAUGCCGUUACCACUCAACCAUUCCAAAACGUGCAAAGGAUAUAAAAACAAAGCAAGAAGUAAAUACUCCUCAGACAUGUCUCCUCAGAAUGGGGAAUAAGCAGCGCAAUGAAACGGCGCACAUUCAACCCACUGUAUAUAAUAUGUUUUUACCCAUUUCUUUUUUGUUUCAUUUUCAUUUUUAAACCCCCUCACACUACUCCUCCAGCAUUGUUUGCGUUGUUUUUAAUAAAGAAAAAUUAUGAGUUUUAUUUUGCGAUUGUGUGUAAAGGACAGAAGACGACGCUGCCAUGCUGCACAUUCCCAAAGGAUUUUGCAGAGUCCAGUUUGAUGCCAGUGUCUUUUUUUUUGGUUCGUUUUUAGCUUGAUGUCUGGUUUAUUUAGCCCGGUCUUUACACAUGCAGCAGUAGUAGGCAAAUCUAGUGUCUAAGAGUGCGACAAACAGCGGUAGACAGCAAGAGAAACAGAGAGAGAGGAUAGAUAUUUCCCACCAGAGAUGAAACCGGUGGAUCUAGUAGAGGGACGUUGUGUGUAGGAUAUGAGUUUGAAGCGUAUACCUUCGCUCUUAGCUAAUCGAACAAAGUAGAGGUAGAAAACGACAUGUGUCGACAGCAGCAGCAAGAGGACGGAACAAUAACCAGGGCGAAUCAUAAAAACACAUACACACACAAAAACCGAUAUUUUCCCAUGCUCAAGAGCAUGGCGAACAUAAAGCAUGCAUCUACAUUUUAAUCGCUUUACUGGUUACAAUAGUAUGGUUAAAAUCAACAGAGUAAUAAUAAAAAGAAACAAGAAAA